AUGUCACGAAUCGCAUUCAUCGGUGCCGGCAACAUGGGGUUGCCGAUGCUGCGCAAUCUGAUCGGGGCCGGCCAUGAGGUGCGUGCGUACGACGUGUCCCCCGAUGCGCUCGCCGAAGCGGUGCAAGCCGGUGCCGACGAGGCGGUGAGCCUUGCCGAUGCAGUGACCGCGGCGGAGAUCGUGAUCACGAUGCUGCCCGAAGGAAGGCACGUGCGCGCGGUCUACCUGGGUGACGGCGGCAACGACGGCAUCAUCGGCCACGCACCCCGCGAGGCGCUUCUCGCCGACUGCUCGACCAUCGACAUCGCUACCGCCCGGGAGGUCGCCGCGACGGCAUCCGAGUCCGGCUACGAGAUGAUCGACGCUCCGGUCUCAGGCGGCGUGACCGGGGCCGCGGCAGGCACCCUCACAUUCAUGGUGGGCGGGUCCGCGGCCGGCUACGAGCGGGCCAGCCAAUCCUCGCCGCGAUGGGGCGCAACGUGGCCCACGUCGGCGGACCGGGCACGGGCAGGCCACCAAGAUCUGCAACAACAUGAUGGCGGGGAUCGCGAUCAUCGCGGCGUCCGAGGUCUUCUGCCUUGGCGAGCGCUCGGCCUCGACUCGAAGAAGCUUUACGACGUCCUCUCCACGUCGACGGGCCAGACGUGGAUGAUGGAUCACAUGCACCCGGUCCCCGGGAUCGUCGAAACCGCGCCCUCGAACCGCAACUAUGCGCCCGGCUUCAAGGCGGCGCUCAUGGCCAAGGACCUCGGGCUUGCACAGAGCGCGGCGGCGGACACCGGCACGAGCACCCCUCUCGGCGCCGAUGCGGCGGCGCUCUUUCGCAUGCUGUGCAAGAACGGUGCAGGCGAGCUCGAUUGCAGCGCGGUGUACAAGCUGCUGCAUGGGGACCUGUAG